GGACUGGACUGGUGGGUGAGCUGUGCUUGUGGUCAGACGAGACAAGACGAGACCUUUAAAUACAGACCUUUGGAUUUGUCGGUCACGUGACGCCUCUCCGCCUGCCUGUCGUGUGUCCGGGCUGUCCGCUCCACAGCACUGGAGGAAACCAAGGAUGGCAGAGGCUCCCUCAUCAUGUGACUGUUUUGUUUCCUUGCCCCCUGGCUCUCGAGACAACCACGUGAUUUUUGGGAAGAACUCAGAUCGUCCCCGGGAUGAGGUCCAGGAGGUGGCCUACUACCCUGGAGCAUCACACCUUCCAGGCUCCAUGCUGGAGUGCACAUAUAUCGAGAUCCCGCAGGCGGCGCAGACCCAUGCUGUCAUCCUCAGUAAACCUGCCUGGAUGUGGGGCGCGGAAAUGGGAGCCAAUGACCAGGGAGUCUGUAUCGGGAAUGAAGCGGUUUGGACCCGAGAACCAGUCAGUCCUGGAGAAGCUCUGCUGGGCAUGGACCUCGUCCGUUUGGGGCUGGAGCGUGGUGACAGUGCCUGGGCGGCGCUGACCGUGAUCACUGGCCUCCUGGAGCAGCAUGGACAGGGGGGGCAGUGCAGGGAGGACCCCGAGCCCUUCAGCUAUCACAACACCUUUCUCCUGGUGGACCGCAAUGAGGCCUGGGUCCUGGAGACAGCUGGAAGGCUAUGGGUGGCACAGAGGAUCACAGAGGGUGUAAAGAACAUCUCCAACCAGCUGACCAUCGGAGCUGAGAUCUCAGCAGAGCACCCAGAGCUGCGCAGCGUCGCCCAGGCUCAAGGCUGGUGGGACGGCCAGGGGGAAUUCAAUUUCUCUCAGGUGUUUAGUUCUGAGAACCCACCUGCCCGGAUGGAGCUGGCUAAGAAGCGCUACAAAGGAGGCACAGAGCUGCUACAGCAACACGAUGGCUCGAUGACAGCAGAGGUGAUGAUGUCCAUUCUGAGAGACAAGCCCAGUGGCAUUUGCAUGGACUCUGGAGGUUUCUGCACCACAGGUAGCAUGGUGUCUCUCCUGCCAAGAGACCCCAGUCUGCCCUGCAUCCACUUCUUCACUGCCACCCCAGACCCCUCCAGGUCUAUAUUCAAGCCUUUUAUCUUCUCGGAGUGCACCACCCCAGUGCCGUGGGUGGUUUCCCCACAGUUCGGCCCAGACGACCCCGUCAGGAAGCAGCCUCGCUUUCAGAGCCAGGUGGACCGCAGACAUGACCUGUACAAGGCCCACCAGGAGGCACUCAACACCAUGGAGACCAACCCGGAUGAGGGUUUAGCGGUCUAUGAGAUUUUGAGGGACCUGGAAUCACAGUGUUUGAACGACAUUUUGACCAUGCUGAAUGGAAAGAUAGGGGAAGACGAACUGGGAGACUUGUUUUUCGACUGUGUGGACACGGAGAUUAAGUUCUACCAGUGAGAAGCGCCCUCAGGUGGAUGAACCUAAGGCUCACAGCGUGGCAGGAGAAGAGGCCCUGGGACUGUUAACAGAUUCAGUAUUCCUCGUCUGAUCAGUCUGCGUCUCAUUCACACAACACACAUCCCUGACGCCAUUCCAUCUUUAACACUGACCACAUGUCUAAACUGCACAUGCGAUUGGAUUGAUCAUGUGUAUCACCCAGGGAGCAAUGACUGCACCUCAGUAGUUAGUGUCAUGAUGUAGACUACUACAUAGACGCCUAUGUAGACUUCUGUGAUGUUGCACAAAUACUGUAAGUUGGGCAGUUCUUUUAACAUUUUGUUUUUCUUGUUGCAAGUGAAUGGGUUAUCGAUUGAUGACACUACCCGUAGGAGAAAGAUCUAAUAAAGAAAGUGCAUAGUCCA